GAAUUAAAUUACGUAUCAACAAAUCCAUUUUCAUCAAUAAAUAUUUUAAGCUGAAACGUCAAGGCGGAAGUUUUAUGUUUUUAUUCUAACUAACUUGACACUUUUCUUUUCACCAAAACAAACGCAAAAUAAGAAGAAAUGACGAACUUCCGCUUCCUUGUCCACUUUGAGGCGCAUUCGUGUAAUUUGGUUGCUGCCAUCUGCUGGAUACAUACUGCAAGUUCUUUAGCGUAUUACCUUUUCAGAAUCAACUUUAUAAGUAGUUAUAAGUAUGUGAGUAUAUGGCACUCGGUUUGUGGUGCUCAAAGCGCCAAAAAACUACAUUUUAAAAACUCAACAGCAAUGUCUCUUUCCAGAAAUCAUGACCCGGUUACUCAAGAUAAUCCACAGAUUUGUUGUGAGAAGUUUCAUGUAGGAACUAUUUUCUUUCUACCGAUAUAUCUUACAUGAAAGGGCUCGCACCCAGGUCUGUGAAUAAUCUGCUGGGCCCCUAUUAACACCCACAUUUCACCCACUCUGUGCAUUUGAACACAUUUUCUAAGAUGGAAUACUACCUGGCCCCCAGUCUGCUGUGUGGUAUUAAAUAACCACAAAUUAAUUUAGGAGUAUGCAACAUAUAAGCAUAAAACCGAAAUAAUGAAGGUCUUGAAACUGGAAUUUAACACAUGGACACUCUUCCAGACAGGGUCUCAAGAUCAGGUACUAAAGCAACCACCUUAAGGUAUUAUCAUCUCACUUGUCUUCUAGUGGUGCAUAUUUCUAAACAAAUGUGUAUUUAAAUCAGCACAAACCAGCUGACACACAGUAAGACUGGUGCUUGUGUGACCCAGGCAGUUACCCAGUUGGUAAUCUGGCGUUGCCUUCAGGGACAAAUAGCGAAGGUGCUUUGUCACUUUUCAAAUGCCAUACAUUUAUUUAGUGUGGCUAUUUUGUUAAGACUGUUAUCUAAAGAUUGAUCAAUAGAAGAAAUUAAAUGCGUCAGGUGCUGGGCGGUUUACCCCCUGUGCUAAACAAUUCACUGUCAUGUAGGCCUACUAUUUUAUCUUAAAGUUAAUUAAGUUUUUAAACAAACAAAAUGAGAUUUUCUUGGCUGUGCAGUAUCAAAUGAAAGUACGAUAUUUAUCCAAAUUGCAGUGCACUUAAAGCAACCUUAAUAAUUCCUAGAUUACACAGUUCUUAUUUAUUAUCGGCUAAUAUUCAAUGUCCCUUCAAAAAAGCAUAUAGCGCUAAACAGUAUGUCGUUAGACUGUUGUUGGUCUUGAUUACAUGUGUGGUUUAUUAUGUAAGCACAUGGGUUUGAUGAAGAUGUCUCUGCCAUUCUCCUUUUUCCCUUGGCACCACCGUGAUAACAGACUCCUUUGACUGUAUUUCCAAAUGUUGACAUGCCGGGACAGUAGAUCUAUAAGAUGAAGCACAGCAGCCGAGUUUCCUGGAGGUGCUUUUACAUGAAUGUGAGACAAAAUUACAGUUAUGUUGAUGUUUGCAUGCCUCGACAAUGCCUCGACAAUGUGCCCUGCUUUGUGUACACUUGAGAGCGUGCAUAUUACUCUGCCAACGUCGCUGCGGUGUAGAAAACCACUGUGGUUGGUGGAGUAUAAAUCCAAUUAACUUGACCGCCAUUACAAAUCUGUUUUGUUUUAAUUGCUGCUAAUUUGCCUGAUGGGAGACAGAACUGGCGACAAGGUGCAUUUUUGGCUUGAGCAGGUGGCGAGACACGGAGGGCAAAUUAGGCACAUCCAGCUACAUACUUUUGCGCACGCGUAACACAAGCAUUCACGUGCACGCGCGCACACUUACACGCUGGCUCAAACAUAAAGGAGAGCAAACAGCUGAACUCUUUCGGGGGCAGACGGCAAAAAUGACAAGUACGCGGGAUGCUGCGCUCCAUCCAAGCGGAGCCGGUUGCGUGGUUUUACGCACGGUGGCAGGUCCGAGCUCAUCCAGAAAGACCCAGAGCCUUCCUGAGUUUAUCCUGAUCAUAUCAGUGAUGUUGCUCGGCCCGAUCCCGCCAGCAUCAGCUCAUCCUCAGUGUCUGGACUUCGAGCCUCCUUUCAAACCUCCGUGGCACCUGGAGUUUUGCACGCAGUACGAGCAGUUUGGCUGCUGCGACCAGAAAACCGACAACAUGAUCGCGGAGAGAUACUGGGACAUUAUUGACCAGUUGGAAGUGGCGGGUUAUGAGCUCUGUGCAGACACGUUAAAGGAAAUCAUGUGCCAGGAGUGCUCUCCAUAUGCCGCCCACCUCUUUGAUGCUGAAGACCCCCACACACCUGUCAGAGAACUACCUGGCCUUUGCUUUGGCUACUGCUCUGAGUUUCAUGGCAAAUGUCACUAUGUGGUUAAAUAUCUAACUGAGAACCAGCUGCUGCGGGACACCUCUGAGCGAGAUGUGUCCACGUUCUGCAGCAUAGUCGACUUGUCCGACCAGGACUACUGCUACCCCAACGUUUUGAAGAGCCCUGACCUCUACAGCAACCUGGGAGAGGUAGCAGAGGACCCCAGAGGGUGUCUUCAGGUGUGCCUGACAGAGGUGGCCAACAAUCUCAGGAACCCAGUGUUGAUGCUACACAGCGGCGACGACACACAUCGCAUGUUCAUCGCCGAGCAGGUGGGCUUUGUGUGGGUUUACCUGCGUGACGGCAGCCGGUUAGAGCAGCCCUUCCUGGACAUGAGCGGGGAGGUGAUGACCACGCCCUGGCUGGGGGAUGAGAGGGGCUUGCUGGGCAUGGCCUUCCACCCCAAGUACCGGGACAAUGGACGCUUCUUCAUCUACUACUCUAUCCAGGUCAACAGUAAGCUGGAGAAAGUCAGAGUCAGUGAAAUGAAGGUGUCUGCCCACGAUAUGAACAUGGCUGAUCCUUACUCAGAGAGCAUCAUUCUAGAGAUCGAGGAGCCAGCCGCAAACCACAAUGGAGGCCAGUUGCUGUUUGGUCUCGAUGGAUAUUUGUACAUCUUCACUGGAGAUGGUGGAAAAGCUGGGGAUCCAUUUGGGAAGUAUGGCAACGCACAAAACAAGAGUGCUCUGUUGGGAAAAGUACUCCGCAUUGAUGUAGACGGAAGUGACUCCAGUGGGAAGCAGUACCGGUUCCCUCCUGAUAACCCAUUCCUCGGUGACCCAGAUGCCCGGCCAGAGGUGUAUGCAUAUGGGGUUAGAAACAUGUGGCGGUGUUCUGUGGAUCGUGGAGACCUGGUCAGCCGCUAUGGCCGGGGCAGGAUAUUCUGCGGAGAUGUGGGUCAAAACCGCUAUGAGGAAAUUGACAUUAUUGUGAAGGGAGGAAACUAUGGAUGGAGAGCCAAAGAGGGCUUUGAGUGCUACGAUAUGAAACUGUGCCACAACUCCUCCUUGAAUGACAUCCUCCCUAUAUUUGCAUACAGCCAUCAUGUUGGGAAGUCUGUGACAGGGGGAUAUGUGUACAGAGGAUGUGAAUCACCCAAUCUGAACGGCCUGUACAUUUUUGGAGACUUUAUGAGUGGUCGAAUUAUGGCGUUAGAGGAAGACAAGACAACAGGAAACUGGAAGGAGAGGGGUGUGUGUAUGGGUGACACAAAGACGUGCUCUUUUCCUGGACUCAUCAAUCAUCACCACAAGUUCAUCAUCUCCUUUGCUGAAGAUGAAGCAGGGGAGCUAUAUUUUUUGGCCACUGCGUACCCCAGUGCCAUGUCUCCUUUUGGAACUGUUUUCAAAUUCAUGGACCCCUCCAGGAGAGCUCCUCCAGGGAAAUGUAAGCAGAAGCCACUGCCUGUCAAAGUGAGGGGGAAAAAGCUUCCUUUUGUGCCCAGAGAAUUGACUGUGAUGGACACAAAUGAAAAACCUACGAGACCACCACCAAGAAAAUUCAAACUCACCACCAAACCACCGGUGACAAGCAGCCAGGUCAAACCUACGUCUGCAGCCAGCGUGACGACGAAGAGCGCUGCUGUAAAGCCGAAAUGGAAAUCAUCUGAUAAGAAAGUGAGGAAGAAAAACAAGCUGAAACCAUGGAGGAAAAACAAAGUGCUGAACAAGCAGGCAGCUAACGCACAAAUUAAGAAGAUUACUUUGAGACAGAAAUCCAAAGAACAAUCAAAAAAGACCACUGUGAUAAAGCCUGUGGGUGACAAAGUAAAACUAAAGACCAAUCAAACUGCCACAGCUGAUUUAAAAGGCAACGCUCUACAAACCCCGAACAGCCUGAAACGAAACCCAAUCCACACAAGGAAGAUUCCCCCAAAGAAAGGUGCAGAGUACCAAAUCAGACACGAGAAAAACAGAAUAAAGUUGAAACAAUCUGCAAAAGAAUAUCAUGCCUUCAUGAAUAAAACUAAGACAAACUUGAAAGUGAAAAGGAACAGAACAAUGCAAAACAAACUUCAGCUAAAGAGCAAGUGAGCAAAAGAUGCCAAAUAACUUUAAAACAUUAUUUUUCAGUCAUUAUUUUGUAUAUUUUUGUUUGUCAAACAAUCAGUGUCGACUGUCACAAUUUAAAAGAAUAGUUUGACAUUUUGGCAAAUGUGCUUAUUAGUUUUCUUGCCAAGAGUUAUAUAAUGCUCGGCAAGAACGUGAAUAAGCGUAUUUCCUUAAAUGUUGAACUAUUCCUUUAAAAUACAACGCACACAACUGUUUAUUAUGCAUGUAAUGACACUGUUUCCUUUACAUUUUAUUUUUGACUGUCAUAAAAUCAUUGGUGGAACCACCCUGUCUGUAUUUAAAACAUAUCAAACAGGUUUGAAGUAGAAAUAAGCAGCAAACAGAAAAAAACAUAUAACCAUACCAAAGCCCAGUGUUGUUAAAUUGCUCUAAUCUUACAACACGUGCAAGUGUUGAAAAUAAACAUUAGAACGUG